AGGUUCACUCAUUCAACCUCUCAAUCCACACAUAUAUUUUGCUACAUUUUAUUUGCAAACUAUAGUCAUGGCUUCCAACAACAAACUUUUUGCCACCAUUUUAGUGUUUUCUCUUCUUGCUUACUCCACAUUCACUGAGGCUAAUGGUUCAUGCCCACCAUCACCAAAGCCAAAACCACCACCUUCAUCCAAAGGUCAUUGCCCCAAGGACACAUUAAAGCUAGGUGUUUGUGCCGAUCUUUUGGGACUGGUUAAUGUUAUUGUUGGAAAUCCUCCUUCAGGUAGUAAUUGUUGUGCAUUGAUCAAAGGUUUGGCUGAUUUGGAGGCCGCGGUAUGUCUUUGCACCGCAAUUAAGGCCAAUGUGCUUGGAAUAAACUUGAACGUACCUCUCACACUCUCUUGGGUUCUUAGUGCAUGUCAAAAAAAUGUCCCUUCCGGUUACCAAUGUGCCUAAUGUUUUAAAUUAGACGUAUCUCGUUGUUCGAUAAGUAUAUUUGUGCACUAUAUAUAAUCGUGUGGUUAUAUAAGAUUCUAUUUGGUAAUUGUUUGUUUCAUUAAGGGAUUGUUAACACUAUUCACUUACACUUUCUUUGUAACAUUUGCUUUAUUAUUGAUUCAAAAUUGUGGGUUACAUUAACCUAAGAAAUGUGACUCACAUGAAUUAAUAAAACUCAAGUCUAAGAGUGUAAGAGUGUAUUGUUAAUUCUUUUCUUUUAGAUGUAAAUGUAAGUUGUUAAGGUGUAGUUUGUUCAAACAUUUGUAUGGAUUUCUUACUCUGCUUCGUCAAACUAAUAAUUGGGCAAGCUUGUGUGCCUAAAUUUGUAUCCUUAUUUAUUUUCAAUAAAAUAUUUGUUAGUUAAGUCCAAA